GCCAUUUCUGCAUCUUGAAAUGAAACGAUAGGCCUAAUUUAUAACUGGCGGAAUAAUUUGAGUAGGCUAGUUCUAGAAUAUGACCAUGGGGCAGACUACUUUACGACCAUACAGGCGUCUUUUAGCGCGGAUUGCAAUCCUUAUUGAAGCCGCCAGGGUUAUGCGAUAAUUUAUUGAGGAAUGCGAUCGUCGAGGUGCCCUGCCCCAACAUUGCAUGACAGAUUAAACUCAACGAGAAUCGCCACCAUCAUCCAAAAGUUGAUGUCAAUAGACCAAAAAUAGUUGGAAAGCCUACAGAAACUAUAGAUAAUUAAUGUGACAAUCACAUUAUUAAAAGUAGACUUGGAGCAAUGAUUUACUGAGGAACUAUUUUUUGUGGAGGAUGCUUCAGGUAGUUCGCUGCCCCACCUGCCCAUAUGGACCGCACGCUCCUGCAUGGAACACACAUUAGUUUGCGAGUGUGGUGCCAAUAUGUAAGCUAGACCUACGGAAUAAGUAGCCCUAUGAUUAGACGCUCUUUUUCAUGGAGCUGUAUAUUGGGGCCAUACGGCAUAGAGUCUAAUCAUGACAUCUGCUGGACGGUUUUGGUUUUGUUGAAAAUGGCAUGUAAUAGGUCUGCGUUAUAACCAGGCUAAUGUAGGCUAAUAUUGUUUAGUAGCCUACUCAGGUUUGGAACUGAGACAAGCACUAUCAUUUUAUUUCAUUUUCUGUUGGCCUAUGAAUAUGAGAUGUGUAACCCUAUGUGUCUAACAAUAUUCUAGAAAUACUGAUGUUGGCUUAAAUGCUUUUACACCUCAGGAAUGAUUUCUUGGUACUUACUCAGACUGCUGUUGGGUUAACACUGAUGUUGACACUGGUGACUCACUUGGCAAACACACCUGAUCCUUGACUUGACAGUGCAAUACAGGACAUUAGAAUUAUCAUUUCAGUUCAGUCAGUCUGACACAAUAGCACACAUUGGACUUUGGAAGUUACUGACAGGAUCAUUUGGUUGAUGACAGUAGGCUAAUAGUCCUCUGGUAAUGAUUAUUUUCAUCACAUGUGAGUCUCUGGAAAGGCAUAACAUACCAUAGACAUGCGCUAUGCAGGGGAAACUGAGUGAGGAGCACAUUAAGCAUGUGCUUGGGGCAUGGAGAACGGCUCCACAGGUGGCUGGACUGCAGGACCAGCUGCUCGCAGUACUGGAGCUGUACGAGCACUUCCCACUGGACGUCGCCAUCACUGGAGGCACACCUGAGGCCAACGCACGCCUAGCCAGAGUUGUCUGUGGACUACAGAACGAAGAGGACUGCCUCAUAGACGAGGAGGAGGAGGAGGAAGAUGAUGAAGAGGAAGACGAAAGUGAUGAGGCAGAGGAAGAACUAGACCAGAGAGAGAUGUCGGAUGUAGACACAGAACGUAAAGAAGUUAGCAAGAACGUGUGGAGAGCAGAGAAUGGCCUCCCAGUGUUGUCUUAUCCUUAUAUCCCCAAUGUUCGCAUAUGGAUCUUAAAUGGGCCCUCUGCACCAUACUCUGCUAGCCCUCCCAAUGCUGGCUCACUCUAUGACCUGCUGGUGGUCCUCACCUCAGAGCUGCACCAGGAGGACCACAUGGCGUCUCUCAUGGAGCUGCGUGAGAGGGACCAGCCACUGUACCUAGUUAGAGCAGAGGAGGCUACGGACCUGGUCAGCGAGGAGCUUAAAGGGCCGUGCAAGACCUGCGCUUGGGAGCGCAUGAGAGAGCGUAAAUUAGAAAUGCAGCGCAGGAGGAAGGAAAGAGAGGCGACAGGGACACAGGUCAGCCAAGAACCAAACAGGCUAGUAGGCAUGACGGAGAUUGGUGAGCUUCUCCUCUCCGUGCUUCCAGACAUGAGGAAGCAGGCUUUUUGUCAGUUUAUACUAGAUGCUUCCAAAGAACUCAGAGUGCCAAAAAUACUGAGAAAUAAUGCUAAGUCUACAAUCUUACCUGCCCUUGAUACAGGGAAGGUAAAGAAGGAGGAAAUAGAACAGAUCUCUGCAUUUCUGCCGUCCAAGGCUCUGACCAACCAUCCUGCCAGGCUUCUGAGUAUCCUGAAUGCCAUGGAGGACAUCCGUCUGGAUGUGGGAGUCCUGGGCACCACCGGCUGUGGAAGCUCCAGCUUCAUCAAUGCCCUCCUAGGGCUGAAGAGCGGAGAUGAGGGAGCAGCACCAACAGGUGUCACUGAAACCACCCUCGAGCCUGUGGCAUACCAAUACCCACAAUUCCCCAACGUGGUCCUCUGGGACCUCCCAGGGAUGGGCAGGGUUGGUGGGUUCAACUCCCCCUUUCAUCUGAAGCCCAGUGAGGCUGAUCCCCUGACCACUGCGCUGCGUCCCUCCUGUGAUGUCUACGUCCUUCUGUGUCCUGUCCGACUCAGCAUGGACUGUGUGAGCUUGCUGCACCAUAUCUCAGCCACAGGAACACAGUGCUACCUGGUCCUGUCCAAGGCUGAUCAGGUUGAUGAGGAGAGAGUUAGUGAAGUAAAGAGGUGGAGUGAAGAGGUUUUGUCAAAGUUGGGUUACCAGCUGAUGGUUUAUGCCGUCUGUGCACUGCAGCCAGAGAGGAUGGACUUUUGUAAACUGACAGAGACACUACAUCUCUCCAUAUCCUGUCACAAGAGGAAGGCCAUGGCCCAGCAUGUUGCACAAUUAUUAGAGAAGGAAAUCUUUAACAAGAAAACAGAGCUCUGUAAAACAAUGUAAUCAUUUAUAAUUAUUCCCAAUUGCGAUGUCAUGUACAAGUCUCACCAAAUUGUAUUUAAAGAAAUGUUUUGUUACAUUUAAAUAUGGAAAUCUUUCAAGCAUCUUCCUAGUGGUUCAUUUUAUUGUUUCAGUUGUGCUACAUUAAUGUUCUAAAUACAUCCUUUUGAUAACCUGAUGACAAGUAGCCUACUUAACACACUGCCUGAAAUGCUCUCUGCCUCUGCUGAUUUAGAACACUGCCCAAGUAAACACAAUGUCCUUGUGUCCACAUCUCAGGAGAACCACACCCAAAAAAAAAGAAACAAUUAUCAGAGAAGGAAAUCUUUAACAAGAAAACAGAGCUCUGUAAAACAAUGUAAUAAUUUAUAAUUAUUCCCAAUUGCAAUGUCAUGUAUAAGUCUCACCAAAUUGUAUUUAAAGAAAUGUUUUGUUACAUUUAAAUAUGGAAAUCUUUCAAGCAUCUUCCUAGUGGUUCAUUUUAUUGUUUCAGUUGUGCUACAUUAAUGUUCUAAAUACAUCCUUUUGAUAACCUGAUGACAAGUAGCCUACUUAACACACUGCCUGAAAUGCUCUCUGCCUCUGCUGAUUUAGAACACUGCCCAAGUAAACACAAUGUCCUUGUGUCCACAUCUCAGGAGAACCACACCCCAAAAAAGAAACAAUUAUCAGAGAAGGAAAUCUUUAACAAGAAAACAGAGCUCUGUAAAACAAUGUAAUAAUUUAUAAUUAUUCCCAAUUGCAAUGUCAUGUAUAAGUCUCACCAAAUUGUAUUUAAAGAAAUGUUUUGUUACAUUUAAAUAUGGAAAUCUUUCAAGCAUCUUCCUAGUGGUUCAUUUUAUUGUUUCAGUUGUGCUACAUUAAUGUUCUAAAUACAUCCUUUUGAUAACCUGAUGACAAGUAGCCUACUUAACACACUGCCUGAAAUGCUCUCUGCCUCUGCUGAUUUAGAACACUGCCCAAGUAAACACAAUGUCCUUGUGUCCACAUCUCAGGAGAACCACACCCCAAAAAAGAAAAAGCCCU